AGCAGCGGCAAGGACGGUCGUUGGUUGUUGUUGGAUAAAUACGUGCGUUUCCGGUGGAUUAUAUUCGAUAUCAGAGUGUCUUUGUAGAGUAGAAAUUUGAUCUAAAGUUAGUGAUGGCUACAGCAGCCAUCGGAGAGAGUGAAGAAAAGUUAGCGUGGCAAGAAUUUUGUGAAAAACAUGCCAGACUGGUCGCGGCCGAGCUCGCCGCGAGCUACCGCUUGUUUCUCAAUGAGCGUCCAAGCGUCGGAAAGAGAGUGGCAGCACAGGAGUUAUCCCGGAAAUUUGCGGACUUAUUUCAAGAGUUCUUCGAUGCUGAAUUGAAAAGAAGAGAGGGAAACUCUGGUAUUGUGGAAACUAGACGAUUAUCUAGCGUUUCUAACGGUCACGGAACCCAGGAAACUCCAACAAGCGGGCCUGAGAGUGUUAAGUUCCGGCCACCUAGACAUAACGCGUCGCAAGAGAGCCUACGUGGUUUUGCUAGCCUUGCUAAUCACGAAGAUUAUAGCGAUCUUUCGGAUCAAGAAAUUGAAUCACCAAAGGCACAUCAUAGACCGUUUUUUCGACGAUUAUCGUUUAAAGGAUUAAAGAAAGGAAAAGGUUUGUUUCACAAACAACAUUCAGAUGAAGUGGAAUUGUCUCACUCCCACCACGAUCGAAGAACUAAAGUUGAGAAACCAAAGCUAACCAAAAUCAUUGUGGAAUCUGUGAAGGAAGGAAUUGUCAAUUACCUCACCGGAGACAACCUGGAUGGGAAACUGAAGUGGGAGAAAUGUAGAUUAGCGCUUGUCAAGACCACCGCAGGAUACAUGCUUGAGUUUUAUUCUCCCCCCAAAAGUAAGUAUAUAUCCAUAAAACCCAGGAGUGGAGUGUUUUGUUUCCUGAUUAAUGAGGCUAGAGAAACUACAGCUCUAGAAAUGCCAGAUCAUGAAAAUACAUUUGUCUUGAAGGCUGAGAAUCAUAUGGAGUAUGUGAUUGAGCCUCAUGAUGCUGAAGACAUGAAAUCCUGGCUAGCCAGCAUUAAAUACUGCAUGCGCCAUCUAGGGAAUGCAAAUGAAGAAGCAGUUAGACCAAGAUUAUCAAGUGCACAAUCAAACAGCUUAACCAGGUUAAGGGACAGACACAACAUACCAAUUACCAACAAAAAAAAUGAGGAAGCAACACCAGAAAUUAGUCCUGAACCUCCUCCAGACCUUCCUCCUCGGGGAGUAGGUGCUGUCGGAGUUACAUCUACAACAGGAGGAAGCAAUGGGAAUGAGCUUGGAACAUUGCCUCAACAAGAACAAAAUACAGCAGGUGAGCAAGGACCUGAUAUUUAUCAGACGCUGAAGGAAUAUCCGUGGUUUCAUGGGAUGUUAUCCAGAAGUGAUGCAGCUCAACUGGUGUUACGGGAAGACCUUGAGGGUCACGGUGUAUUUCUAGUUCGACAAAGUGAGACAAGGAAGGGAGAAUAUGUUCUUACUUUUAAUUUCCAGGGAAGAGCAAAGCAUCUCAGAAUGACCAUUAACACUGAGGGUCAGUGUAGAGUCCAACAUUUGUGGUUUCAGACAAUCUUUGACAUGUUGGAGCAUUUCCGCAUACAUCCUAUUCCUCUAGAAUCUGGUGGAGCAUCUGAUGUAACCCUGACAGAGUAUGCGAUAAACUCGGUUAGUACAAGGCACUCCACUGGAGUUGUGCAUCUUGUACAGGGCUCCCCGCCCCGAACUGGAAUUCCAGGACAUAGCCGGGUCCCCAGUAUUCCUGAAGUUCACAAUGUCAUUACAUAUGGUGGAUCUGUGCGAGUUAGGACACAGUCUUUAGAAAUUUUAAAUGUUAAUCCCCAGUCACAAGCAACAAUUCCAGGACGAGCCAUAGAGAACACAUAUUCUUUUGUGUAAUUAUUGUGUUGUGUCUUUCCUCUGUUCACAUAUUAAGCUCAAAAUGAAGUAGAGGUUAAGAUUAGACUGCUUUCUUCAUUGUGAAUGAACUACAAAAUGAAGAGAUAAGAGAUCUGAUUUGACUCUGUAUCUUUUUAAAUGAACUUUAACGCAUUACCAAUGCUUUUUGUUUUUUCUUCAUUGUACCUAAGAUUGGGCUGCUAAAUUUAAAUGUUAGUUUCAUAGAAUAUUUUUUGAUAUGUUUUAGCUCAAUUUAUUUCCCAAGAAAAAAAUAAGCUUGCAGGUUAAGGAGAAGAAAGUAAUUCAAAUUUUGUUGAUACAUAUCAAACUGGGUAACACUAGAACCUGUAAAAUCCAUAACUGGUUUUUAUUCUCAGGUAUUUUCAAGGUGGCAGUUCCAAGUGCAUUAUUACAACCAUUUAGUAUCGAAUAAGUUAUAUUAAAUAUACUUCCUAAAA